AAGUGGUUCGGGGGAGGCGUGUGUGAGAGGAGUUGGGUCUCCCGCUCCCUGGGAGCUGGAGUCGUGUUUAUUAGCCCGGCGGUCGGCAGUCUUGAGGGAGACACAUACUGGGACCCAUCCCCCUACUUCUGGACGUUUUGGGGGCUCAUCCAGCAUGGACGGGGAGUCAACCGUAGGAAGAAGGGAGACUUUUUCACAGCUCCCUUGUCCUUCCCACAACAGCCAGGAACAUGGAGGGGAAGGAGGAGGAGCUUAGAAAAUUCUAGCUAUCGGGCUCUAGUUGACUGUGACUGAGGAAUGGCAAAAUCUCUUCCAUCUGAAGGUUCUUGUAGACAGGUAACAAGAUGAUUUAAGCCAGAAGCCUGGUGAAUUUAGAGGGCUGGGAUUCACUGAGUGACGGACAGUGUGUGGCCUUUCAGGAAUUUGUGACCCUCAAGGACGUGACCAUGGACUUCAUCUUGGAGGAUUGGGAGCAGCUGGGGAUGGAUCAGGGGGACCUGUUUUGGGACACAGCGCUGGACAACUACCAGGACCUCUUCCUGCUGAACCCCCACAGACCCAGUCUGACCUCCCACCAGGAUGGCAGGGAAGAGCUGGAGGCCCUGAUGAGAGGAAGCCCCAGAGUGACAAGCCCUGACGUGGCUGAGAUCAAGAACUCUCCUCUUAAGCAAGAAGAAGGACCAUCCCUUGAGAUAAUGGAGACCUUUUCAAAGGAUGGCCUCUGGAACUCCAAUUUGGGAGAAGCCUGUAUUGGUGAGAGCUGGUUAGAAAAUUUACUAGGAGAUCCAGAAAGUCUUCUGAGGUCUGAUGUCACCAACAAGGAAAGUCCCACAAAAUUCAGUAGUCAAGAACUGAUGAGAGGCCCUAGUCCAAGGUCUCUCCUUUGCAUGGGAGAGGAUUCUACCGCGUGUGAUCUUCCUGAAAAGAGCCUCACACCAGUUAAGUCUAAAGAGUAUAGGAAUGACUUUGGCUACUACUCAGAUCAGAGCCAACAGGACACAGUCCAGGAGGAAGAGAGACCAUAUAAAUGUAGUGAGUGUGGGGAAACCUUCAGUCAGAGUUACCAUCUUAUCCAGCACUGGGUUAUUCAUACCCGAGAGAAACCCAUUGUGUGCCAAGGCUCUGAGCAAAAUUCCAGCCCAAGUUCUUGUGUUUUUGUGCAUCAGUUUACUCACACAGGCUACAACUCUUAUGUGUGUAAUGAGUGUGGGAAGACUUUCGGUCAGAAUACACACCUCCUUUGGCAUCAGAAAAUUCACACAGAAGAAAAACCAUCUAAGAGUCAAGAUGGUGACCAUGCAUUCAGUCACAGCUUACGGCGUGCUCGACGGCAGAAAACUCACACAGCUGAGAAGUCCUACAAAUGUAACGAAUGUGGCAAGAGUUUUGGCCGAAUCUUUCAUCUUACUCGACAUCAGCAGACCCAUACUCGGAAACGCUAUGAAUGUGCCAAAUGCAAGGAGACCUUCGGCUUUCGUAAACACCUUAUCCAACAUCAGAAAAUUCAUGCUGCAAAAAGUACCUCUGAAUGUCAGGAAUGUGGGAAGACCUUUGGGAGGAACUCAUCACUUAUUAAGCACCAGUUUGUUCAUACUGGAGAUAAGCCUUAUAAGUGUAAUGAAUGUGGGAAACCCUUUAGCCAUACCUCGGCAUUAAAGAUCCAUCAGAGGGUCCACAGUGGAGAAAAACCUUACAAAUGCAGUGAAUGUGGGAGAGCCUUCUUCCGGAACACUCAUCUUAGUGAACAUCAGAGAAUUCAUACGGGCCAUAGGCCUCACAAAUGUCACGCAUGUGUCAAGAGUUUCAACCGGCCCUCACACCUUAUUCUACAUCAGUCGACUCAUAUUGCGGAAAAAACCUACAGUUGUGCUGAAUGUAAGGAGACCUUCAGCCAUAAUGAACACCUUGUUCAACAUAAAAAAAUUCAUGCUGUAGAAGCCCCCUAUGAAUGUCAGGAGUGUGGCAAACGCUUCAUUUGCAGCUCAACCCUAAAUUGCCACCAGAAUGUUCACACCAGAGAAAAACAAAGAAUGGACGAGAGUGGGAAAAUCUUGAAUCAGAACGUACAGCAGAGAGAGCACCCAAUGAUUGGCGAGAAACUCUAUAAAUGUAACAAAUGUGAGAAAAGCUUCAGCUGCAGCAAGUACCUGACUCAGCAUCAGAGGGUUCACACCAAGCUGAAGCCCUUUGAGUGUAAGCAGUGCGGGAAAGCCUUUAGCCAAAGUACACAGCUUACUCGCCACCAGAGACUUCACUCUAGAGUGAAGCCAUAUGAAUGUGGGGAAUGUGGAAAAACCUUUGGCCGCCGCUCCUCCCUCACAGAACAUCAGGCCACCCACACAAGCGAGCACGCCUUUAAAUGCAAUGAGUGUGGAAAGAUCUUCAGCGAAAGUGCGUAUCUUUUGGCACAUCAAUUAAUUCACACUGGAGAGAAACCCUUUCGGUGUAACAAGUGUGAUAAAGUCUUCACCCAGAUUAAUUAUCUGAUUCAACAUCAGAGAAUUCAUACCAGAAAGAAGCGCUUUGAGUGUCAUGAGUGUGGGAAAAAUUUCCGUCAGAGCUCAUGCCUUUCUAAACAUCAGAGAGUUCACACGGGUGAGAAACCAUACAUAUGCAGUGACUGUGGGAAAACCUUCAGCCUGGGCACUCAAGUUAUUCGACACCAGAGAGUUCACACUGGAGAAAAGCCUUACGUGUGUGAGGAAUGUGGGAAAGCCUUCAGCCAGAGCUCAUGCCUUUCUGUUCACCGAAGAAUUCACACUGGAGAGAAGCCCUACAUAUGUGAGGAGUGUGGGAAAGCCUUUGCCCAGAAAGCAAAUCUAAUGCAACAUGAGCGAAUUCACACCGGUGAGAAGCCUUAUGGCUGCGAUGUGUGUGGCAGAACCUUUGGCCUCAGUGCCCACCUUAGUCAGCACCAGAGAAUUCACACCCAAGAGAAGCCUUAUCAAUGUCAACACUGUCAGAAAGCCUUUAGAUGCUGCUCGGGCCUCAGCCGACACCUACGAGUUCACAUUGAAAAGUAACCAUGGCUAGUAGAGGCAGUACAUCAGAGAACACGUGCCUCUGAGAUCUAAACUGGAUACUGCCAUAUUCAAGCUUCCUACCCCUCCCCAGUAAAUCUCUAUUAUUAUAAAGUUUGCACACUCGUGUUUCAUGGAAACACAAAAAUUGAGAAGAGUCAGGAUGAAGAGUUUGACUCUGGAGCCAGUAUGCCUGAGUUAAAUCCCAGCUCUCCUACCUCAGUGACCUUGGGAAAGUCGUGGAAGCUCUCAGGGUCUCAGUGUCCUCAUCUGUAAAAUGGGGCUGAUUUUGGUUAUCUACCUCAGAGAACUGUUAAAUAAGUUUAUGCAUGUAAAGCACUUAGAAGAUGCCCAGCACGUAGUAAGUACUCACCAAGUUUGCGCUGUGAAUAUGUUAGAUAUUACAUAAAUAUAUUCUUUUAUAUUAAAAGGAAGAAAAGUAUUGGCAACCUUCUAUCUCUGUUUACUGCAGUUAAUGUUCUUACUAAUAUUAUGCAUGGCUUUAAUUCUUUUAAGUUUUUCUUCAGAAUUACAUUUGGCUUAAUUUAGUUCCCCAAACCCAGCAUCUUGCCCUUCUAAAAUUGCUUUUUUUUUUUUUCCCUUCUCUGCUUUGUCCUGUUUCUUAACUAACCCACAGGAAGCCAAGAACAUGUAAAUUCAUAACCUUAAAUGUCCAAAACUUCCAACUCUUAAGCUCGCAGAUUUCUCACUCAAAAAAGGAGCUCCCCACGCAACCCCACCUUUUCCUGUUGUCUCCCUUUGCUAACCCAUUUAAAGCUGUUGGCUAUAUAGUGUGAGAGCCAGUUUAUCACAGGAGUUAACAACCCUGAAAACCCAGCUUCACUGAAUAUUGGUUAGGAAAGCUUCAUUGCUAUACAGCACAGCCUAUCCAGAAGAAGUGCUUGGUGGUGAAAAUAGUGCUGUAUGAAAAUGAUAGCCGGGACUUUAAUCAUUUACCAAACCUUAUCACAGGCAGUCACUCACCUGGCACAUGGCUAGUUGGCUGUGGUGGGGGAGUACCAGUGUGAAAAGCCUAGCUGUUGCCCUUAACAUCUGGAAUCAGAAAGGGAAUGAAACUGCCUCGUUUUCAUAGCUCUGCCACUUGACAGUUGACACAUUCACUCAUUACAUAGCAAGGUCUAUGGCUACGAAGGAUUGUUGGAGAGCCCAGUGAGGAAACCGUCCUUUUGGAGCCUCAAGUAACCACUAAUGUGGGCCAAGUCUAUUCCAUAGCCGAGAGUCGCAUUACAUGAUCAGCUGCCUCUUAAUGGAGCCUCCUCAACUCUGGACGUUUGUGUUCUGCCCCUUAAACCAGCCAUACAUCUGCUGAAACAUGAUAGAACCUUCUGGAGAUGUUGGGACACUGAUGCUGUUUUAAUAUCAUGCAUAUUUUGGGUGCUUAAAAAAGCUUUGGAGUAUAGGCUCUGUACUUGUGGGCUUUUUAAACUUCGCACUUUGAGUUCUGCUGUUGGUUUUGUUAAGCUGUUUGGGAACGUGUUGACUGGCCGUUCGGCCCACAUCACGUCCAUACUGUUUUUCAAAUGGGUAAAACUUGCACCCCCCUGCCCAGGUCCCUGCCCUCUGGAAUUCUCUCUGGUCUGGAUGCUAAUUGCAUUAUAUACCAAAGGUGUGCACAACAUGUGGGGCAGAUCAGAGGAGGGGACACAGGUUAAGUUUUUUAACAAGGGAGUUUUGACACUAAAGAUAGAGGUCAGAGCCCUGUGGAAGAUUGGCAGCCUGGGGGGGGGGGUUGUCUGUGUAUUUAGUUACCUCUUGCUGCGGCCAUUGUAAAAAUACCCUCC